AUGUUGUAUGACUUGGACGAUCAUAACCUAUUCAUCACACCCAAAAUUGCCUACUUCCCAACCGCCAUGGGUGGCGCAUCAAGACACAUGAUGGUGAACGGAAGUAGUCACAGGAUUGCUGUAAAAAUCAAGUGUAGUGAUAACGAGUUAUUCCGUGUGUCACCAGUCUACACACUUCUUGAACCCGGUAAUGCGCAACGAUUACAGAUAGUUCGCGAUCCGGGGCCCCCAAAGACUGAUAAGAUAGUGGUUAUUUAUAAGACGACGUGUGCAAGCAGCGCGAGAGAUGCGUUCGAGUGUGAUUUGGGUGCUGAGAGAAAAGUGAUUGCCUUGAUAGCCAAGGAAGAUGUAACAAUGUCUAUCGCCCCAACCACCAACUUGAAAUCCAUUUUGAGACAAAGUGUUCAAAAAAGUUGA